ACAAACAAGCCACAUGCUUUUUACUUUCUGGAAGUUAAAGGAAUAGGAAAGUAGUUUCUGUCGUAGUACUGUGCAAUAAUUACAAUGAACAAGCCAAAAAUUGACAGACCAGAGGAGAGCCAGCCAGCACGUGCGCUGUGGUUUGACAGAAAGAAAUAUGUAACCAUCAACUUCAUGGUUCAGAGACCGAAAGAUGUCCAGGUUGAUAUCCAGCCAGAUAAAAUGAUUUUAUGCUGCAAAAAUGACACCGAUGACGUGAUCUACAAUGAGCUGCACUUCUACGACAAAGUUCUAAUCAAUGACUCCAGAGAAAGAGUCUAUGACCGCACCAUCAAUCUCUUGCUAAGGAAGGGGAAGCCUGACUAUGCAUGGCCUCAUCUCCAGAAGGAUCUGGCUAAGCCCAGCUGGAUUUCUGUAGACUUUGAUAACUGGAGGGACUGGGAGCAUGAAGAAAACGAUGGAAAAGAGGAGUACGAUAGAUACAUGGAUAUGAUCAAAGAAAUGUCUGUCACUAAUAAAGGACAAAUACCAGAUAUGGGGGAUCUUAGUGAUUCUGACUGAGACUCACAGUGCCCUCUCUCCGCUGCUGGAGGCCACUACAACUCUAUAUGAUAUUGACGACAGUACUAUGUUUGCUAAAGUUUGUAAUAUUUGCAGAUGAUUUGAAAUGUUGUUGUCAAAAUACUGUUCUUAUAUGUGAUAUUUUCUAUGGAAUUACUUAUUGACAUGUUAUUUUCCACUGUUGCUGAUGUAUCGUUUUAAUCAAUAAAAAAAAAGGUUUAGCAACCAGGGUUUGAAAGUCAUGACAUGUUGCACAUGGGGUAACACAUUUUAUGUUAAUGUGAUUUUACCAGUAAAUUACAGGCUUUAUACUGGAUUAUGGGGAUGGGCAUGGAUGAACAUGGUUGUUUGUUUCACUAACUCCAGAAGAUGACAGUAAAUCACCAAAAAAUACGCCAGCUUCAUUCAUUAUUUCAUUUUUGGUACAGCAGUAUAUACACCGGCAACAUAGACAUGGACAGAAAAGAAAAAGUAUA